CUGACUUGUCUAGGUGCUAAAAUGGUACCGCGCUUAGAUACGCACAAAUUUGUAUUAUAAGCAAGGAUUUUGUAGCAACUCUUGUCAGAUACUAAGAGCAGAGUAUUCCUACCAUCCUUUGUCCAUUAUUUGCAUUUUUAGGAAAAAUUAUGGGUUUAGAAAUUCAUUAUUUAUCAGAAAAUUUCGAAGAGUGAAAUUACCAUAAAUCCACUAUAAAUCUGGAUAUUUCUAAAAUUCGUAUUCAGAUAUUAAAAUAUUAUUUUAUACAUUUUUUAUUUGAAUACUUCCAUAUCAAGGAAAAGAGCUUAUUAAGUACCAUUUACUAUCAAUACGGUUUAUCAAACUUUUAAUGAUUUAGGGCAAAACAUAGAUUCAAGUCGAAAUUUGUCACUAAAGGACAGUCCUAUGCAGCACCAGAAUUUAAUAUCAAAACAAAAGAUGAUUGAGAAAGCUCAUCAAAGAAUGAGAAGUUUAGUUAGGUACGACUAUUCCUUCAUGGACUUCCUCUUCUCCAUCCUCAACAACAUACCCUGCUUGUUUGUGUGUUGUUGUCGAAGCAAAAACAGACUGCAUCUGAAGAAGAGGAACUCUUUGUACAACAAAGGUGGAGACAAAUUUAUCAAAGAGUUCGAUGCCGUCCGCUACGCAAAGUCUAUGCGUGAGGUACAGACGCUACUCAAGUCCAUGAUAGAUGACAAAGAGCGGUUCAUAAUACCAUAUCAGAAGUGUAACAGUAUCGCAAUGCAUUCAGAAAGCGAUAGUGGUAAUGAAGACGACAACUAUGCCAAGGUCCCUAAGAUGUUUGCAAAAUCGAAGAUAAAAGAGCUCCACAGGGCAGAAGUGGAUGAAUUCAUGGAGGAAUAUUCUAAAGAGAAUUGGUCAGACAGAGACUAUCGACUUGUAAAUGGAGUUAUUGCUUCGACUAAUAUAGCAGACGCAGAUUUAGCAAAGGUGGUACCUCAGACAAGAGAGAACAGAAAGCAUGAACAUCAAGAAAUCGAAUUUGAAGAUAUAAACCCUAAUAUUGAGUUUGAGGAAUCUAAAAUCAUGCCCCCUGAGUUUCAUGUUGGCAAGAAGAUCAAGCCUCCCCUCACAAAGGACCUAAGUUUCCCUGAAAUGGAUUAGAAUGAAUAUC